UCUGCGCGGUGCAGGCGGCGGGCAGCGCAGAGUGAGAGGCUCUUUUGUUCGGCUGAGGGGAGGGCCGCUGGUGGGGCCUGCGGUACGCCGCUUCAGAUCGGCGUUCGACUGCGGCCGCACUGCUUUCUGCUCCUCUGGGCGCUACUCCCUCCGGCCGCCCGACGCCACGCGCUAAGAGCGCGGUACCGAUUCCUCUCGGACUCUCGGGCGCUGCUACGAGCAGUGUCACCCUUUACACCGGAAAGCUGGCGGGUGCUAUGGGAAAAAAACAGAACAAGAAGAAAGUGGAGGAGGUACUAGAAGAAGAGGAAGAGGAAUAUGUAGUGGAAAAAGUUCUCGAUCGACGAGUUGUCAAGGGCAAAGUGGAAUAUCUUCUAAAGUGGAAGGGUUUCUCAGAUGAGGACAACACAUGGGAGCCAGAAGAGAACCUGGACUGCCCUGACCUUAUUGCUGAGUUUCUACAGUCACAGAAAACAGCUCACGAGACAGACAAAUCAGAGGGGGGCAAGCGCAAGGCUGAUUCUGAUUCUGAAGAUAAGGGGGAAGAAAGCAAACCAAAGAAGAAGAAAGAAGAGUCAGAAAAGCCACGAGGCUUUGCCCGGGGUUUGGAGCCUGAGCGGAUUAUUGGAGCUACUGACUCCAGUGGAGAACUCAUGUUCCUGAUGAAAUGGAAAAACUCUGAUGAGGCUGACCUGGUCCCUGCCAAGGAAGCCAAUGUCAAGUGCCCACAGGUUGUCAUAUCCUUCUAUGAGGAAAGGCUCACGUGGCAUUCCUACCCCUCAGAGGAUGAUGACAAAAAAGACGACAAGAAUUAGCCCUCUUGAGUGCCAGCCCCUGUCACCUUCGACUGUGGGUUCCAAGUGGGGAGGGAAGGAGUUCUACUUGUCUUGACACCAUAGAGGUGGCUUGAGAAGAUGUCCUUUGAAGAGCCAGCAUAGUUUCUGUGCCCUGCAGCAGCAGCCCAAGUGCUUUAACUCGUUUCAAGCUGUAUAGUUUGCACACCCAUCCCAGUGGAGGGGAAGGGGUAAGUGUUUCAAGGCAACCCGUUCUGUGCUUUGCUAAGAAAGCAGAGGGCCUUCCAUGAAGGACAAAACCUGCAGAACUGGGGUGUGGGAGAGCAAAGAUACUGUCUAUCUUCAAAGAGCAUCUCCACAACCCACAGCCUUCUUCCCAAUAGUGUUAACUGCAUUUUUACAGCCUAGCAUGUGUGUAGUUUUUGGCUAUUACUGGUAUAUUCAUUAGG